AUUGAUAUUAUAUUCAAGUAUUGAAUGAAUGAGUUGUUUAAAAGUGAUUACUAUUUUGAUUAAUGAUUGAUUCAAAUGAGUCAAACAUUAAGUGAUUGACAAACAAUUUGAAUGACUUUUGUGAUAAUCACUGCAAACAACACACCAUUGAUGGCAUCAAUUGCUAUAUGACUUUCAUCUAUAUAUCAUAUUUACAUUUAGUUGUUAUUAUCAACACAUCCAACACAUGAUUGACAAUAAUGUGAUAUACCGUAUGAAUUGACUGUUUGUUAUCUAAUGUCUAACGAAGAGUCUAUUGAUUAUCAGUGAGUCAUUGGUGUCAUCGAUGGUAAUGAUGUCUUGUGUCUAAUUAAAUGAUUGAAUGUCAUAGACUGUCAUUAAUAUAAUUGUUUAUAAGAUAAUUAAUGACCAAUUGUUGUAUUAAUUAUAACAAAAAUGUCUUCAAUAUAUCGAUACAACAGAAGUAAUUUGAGGAAUGGAAGGACUCCAAGAAAGCGUUAUGACAGCGAAGACGAUAACAUUGCUAUUGAUUGGUCUAAACCUCUCAAUGAGAGCCUUCAAGAGAUCUUAUAUAACAUCACCCGUAAGGAUGGUGUGUCAAAAGGGCAGCGUUUGGCUUAUCUCAACUGUUUUACCAAAUUCUGUACAAAAGUUCAGUCCAUAUCUCAAGACAUAUGUGGCCUUACCGUUGAAGAAAUAUUUUGCUGCAUACGAGUUGCACUCUUUCAUGAGGCCGGAGAAGUGAGAGGUGCAGGUCUUCGUGCGAUGAGAUACCUGUUGCGCGACGAAGAAUCAGUGGAAGCCUUCUGUCGAGUGAAUCUACCACUACUUAUCUGUCGGUCUAUUGAUAUAGUAUUAGAUAACCGAUUGGAGCGCAUCCAAGCUCUACGUUUAGUCCGUCAACUGUUAUCUUUAAAUCCAAAGAAGUUUCCGUUAGCCAUAACUCGUUGUUUAGUGUCAAUAGCUAAAGAUGGUGUCCAAGAAAGAGAUAUGUUAGUGAGAGCCUGUUGGGCAACACUUACAGAACUUACUAUUUUAAAUCCUCAAUUAAGUCAAGCAUCGGGUGGCUUGAGUUCAAUCAUCAAAAGUGUUUUACAGUCCAAUCAAACUCAUAAUAUAAGUGAAGCACUGAUUAGUAGUUUGCUAUUUUUGCUCAAUUCAUCUAAAACAAGACAUCUGAUCCGUUCAGAUCUUGAUUUACAACAUUUUAUUGCCCCGUUUACUGAUGUCCACGGAUUUGGUGGUGAAUUUUGUGAUAGUCCUGAACAGAGAUUACAACGCUAUACGGCCAGUAAAAAUGCAAUCCUUUCAAUACUACGCUCGUGGCCGGGAAUUGUAUAUAUGUGUCGAGUGUUUAACAAUGAUAGUGUGUGUAAAACUAGUAACUGUGCUUAUCUUACUAACAAUAUAUAUUCAAGUGAGACAUUGAGUGACAUUCCCAAUGGUAUAGAAGCACUGAUUAAUAUGCUUCACUUGCCAUACACUGAAAUCCAGCGAUACAUUCUUGAGUUAGUGUUUGAACUCUUCAAUGUACCGAUCCCUGAGUGGACCGAUGACUUUGAUGUGGCACUCAUGUCAUCUGAUAUAUCUUCAAUGCAAGACAUGUGGCAUAUUUAUGAUGGUUUUGUUGCUGCUGAAGGCAAGGCUAUAUUACCAUUGAUUAGCCAAAAUAGAGCCAAUCUUAUGGAUAAUUAUUUAGCAUUAGUAUUGCAUUCGUUUAUUAAUUUUGGUAUUAUUGAAGCCAUUGUAUCAGUUAUUCUCAAUUCAAGUGACAGUUGUUGUUCAGUGACGGCAACUAUACUAUUAGGAGAACUGUUACAUUUGUCCAGUUGUUUGUUGCCUUCCGAUUGUUCUCAUAGGUGCCAAAGUUUGCCCACUUUAAUGACAGCAUCUAUCAGCUCAAUGCCCAAAAAGCGUGAAUUGGCUAACGCUUCGGUAUCUAAUCUGAAUCGCAUUCAUGAACUUAAAAAGCGAGGAUCUGUUGCUUAUAGUCUUUAUUUGGAACAAUUGCUUCAUUUUUGUCAGCCAUCAGCACAUCAUAACAAUACUAAUAAUAAGAUAACAAAAUCAAAGUUUAAAUAUAAUAUGAAGAAAAAUGCAGACGAAACUGUUAUGCAAAUGAUUAAAAAUUCACAAAUUUUGAGACGUGAUUAUAUGAAUUGGGACUGGGAUUUGAUUGAUAUCAUAUUAAGAUGGCCGGCAGAGGCACUCAAAAAAUUAGAUGAUAACAAUCAUAAAGAGUUUAUUAAAAAGUUGAUCCAAUUUUACAAACCGGGCAAAAAAUUUUCACAAAUUAGUAAUACAGACGAAAAAGAGAGAAUUAUGUGUUCAGUUGGACAACAUUUGAUUGACUUUCUUCUUGAAGCCGAUGACUCAAAAAUUCAAGAAUAUAUACAAGAAUUGUUCGAUGAUUUAGACGAAUGUUUCUCUCAAAUAGCUGUCGAAACUCCGCCACAAAAUGCAAUCCUAAGUCCCGGUCGGCUGUUGAGUACAUUAAGUCAUUCAUACUUUUUAUUUAUCGGUCGACUGACUAAUUCAAGUAAAGGCAAGAAAUGGCUCGAAAAAACCAGAAUAUAUCAACAUUUUCUUGAUUUGAUUAGUCUCUGCAAUCAUGACGUAUAUAUGAAAUUAAUAGUGUCUUCACUCGACUACUCAACAGAAGUGAACAAUUUUUCGCGUACUUUACUAAACAAAGUUUUAACGUCUGUAUCGGAAACGGCCAGACUUUAUGCAACAAAUUAUUUACGGGUUUUAUUGAGAGCUCGUGCCUCUGAUUACAGUAAAUGGGCGAUUGAGCUCUUGGUUCUUCAACUCUAUGAUAAAAGUGCUGCUAUUUCAUUGGCUGCCAUUGACAUUCUUCAAGAAGCGUGUGAUUGUCCUGAAAAUUUGGAGCAAUUAAUUCAAUUAAGGCCAUCAUUAUUACAUUUAGGAGAUAAAGGGCUUCUUUUGUUAGUCCGAUACCUAUCAUUGCCAACGGGUUUUAAAUUUCUUCGCGACGCAAACUUUAUUGACUAUGAAUUAAAUCGAUGGCAAAAGACAUUUAAUUUAAAAUACGUUAAACUCGCUGAAGACGUUCUCAAUGAGUGUUUUACGUGUCAUAUUCGUAGUGAAGAUGGAACUUAUGGACGAAGAAGUGAUAAAAAGGGUUCAAACAAUAAGAAUGCGUUUAUUCCGCCCCAUCUUUACGGACAAUUGGCGCAAACCUGUGAUGGAUAUGAACUACUUCUCAAAGAGGACUGUUUGUCACAACAUUAUGAUGUAAUUCGUUCCCCAGAUUUUAGCACUGAAUUAGGAGUAUUACGUCUGAAAGCAUCCCUUUGGGUCAUUGGACACAUCGGUGCCACACAUCUUGGAUAUCGUUUGAUUAGUGAAACAGAAAUGAUUGAAGUUAUUAUCAAAUUGACAGCUGAAUCACCCAUUUUGUCAGUCAGAGGAACGUGUUUUAAUGUCCUUUGUUUGAUUGCCACCACUCCUGAUGGUUGUGAAGCACUUCAAGAGUUCGGAUGGGAUGCUAUUCGACAUUCACGUCACGAAAAGUUUUGUUUAGUCGAAGAACCAAAUGUUGAACGUCUAAGAGGUUUUAGCGAUAGCCGAACGCAUGCAUCUUCUGUAAGCACCGCUUCAAAUAAUUUUGAGUUGUUUUCAGGCAAAGACUUGGAGAUAUCAAGUGAAAGAUUUGUUUCAUUUAAUUACAACCAACAGGAGUGCACUUAUUCGGGAAGUUUACCUUCUCUUACUGUGGAAUCUGAUGGCGAAUCGAAACAUAAAAAAGUAUCGCUGCCUUCAAAAGUGUUGCCCCGAGUUAUGAGUCUCUCACCACAUCAUUACCGAAAUGUAAUUGAUUUACGUCCGCGAUCUUCAUCUGAUACACCAAAUGCUAAGCAAGAAUUACAAAACAAAGAUAAUACUGAUAGUGAAAGUGGUUCUGGAAUUUGGUUGCGACAGAAAAGUAAUGAAUCAGUUGUUCACUCAGGAGUUUUGUCAACAGAUAUGGAUUCUUCGAGUUCAACAGUAAAGCCUGAACGACAUGAUAGCGGACUUAUUACUGAUUUUAAUAUUUUACAGUUGACGCCUACAAACAAAACAAACAACACAUACAAACAAAAGACUCUUACAGUUCAGGAAACUCCUAAACGCAAAAUUUCCGAACCUUUUGGCGUAUUUUAUAGUACAUUAGUCAAAGAUGAAAGAAGUGAUAGCAAUGAAAGUUCACAUAACAGUUCCAAUAAGAGUCGUUCGGGUAGUUUUGCCGAUUCGACAUCUGGUGUCAGCGCCGGCUCAUGUGAUUCGGCAUCACUGACACCCUCUCAGAAAUUGAGAAAUAAUUUGAGUCCAAUCGCUAGUUUGUCAUCAAUAAGUAAUUCAACUCAAAGUACAACAAUUAAAUCUUCUUUAGCUAAUGGCAUAACUAAUACAUUUCUCCGACCCGUUUCUAAGAUAUUUACUUCUAAUACUAAUACUUUAAAUACUAGUGAAUCGAUUCCUAGUGCUAUCGAUGCAUACGGUUAUCAAACUUUAAGAGCUAUACAAAAACGUAGAGUUCAGUCACUGUCUUACGCCUCGUUUGAAGAGAGACGCUCUUCUGAAGAAACUGAAGAUAAUAUACGCGACAGAAUUGCUUCUGCUAUUGCAGCCGUUGAGAGAAGAAAUACCCGUUUGGAAAGUACUGAAAGAAGUGAUUCUUCAGAUAGUGAUAACAGAAAUUUUAUGGCAUUAUGUUUACCCAAAUCACUGUUUCUUAUAUUUGAAGUCGAGAAUGGUAAACCAAAAACUAAUGUUUCGUUAAAGUUAGAGACGAAGGAUAUGAAGACUCAUUUGGACAGACUUUCUAACGAAGAGAUAGUUUUUAACGACGGACUCGAAUUUCACGAUAACAUGAAUUGUUUGUUUUGUUUCAGAAAUAAAGGUUAUUCACAAUUGAUUAACAAUAAUAAUUUAGUGAACCACACAUUUGUGAAGACACCAAAUAAUGAUUCAAUGAAUAUACCGAAUACUAUACUUAAUAGAAGAGAGAUUCUUAGGUUUGUCACUAAUUUAUGCGGAUCUGUUCAUUCAAAACAAGCAGAACAGGGACUUCUCAAUUUGAAACAAAAGUGUUCGCAAGCUUUUGAAGAUAUUUGUCUUUAUUCUGAGAUAUGUUUACAACUUUCCACUUAUAACUUUCGUAUGUCUGCCCGACGUUUUCUUCAGGAACUAUUCCUCGAUGUCAACUUCAAUGAGAUCUUUACUGAAGCUGAUAAUAUUGUGCGCUUAUUAUCAGAUAAAGUUAUGACCGUUAAUGCAUCGGAAAGUGAUACAAAAUCCGCAAAUUUAGCAAAAUUAGAUUAGAUUAGAUAGAAAUCUGUGAUUAUAAAUAAGUGCCACAAAAUGCAUUAUUAUACUUUAUAUGUAAUACACCCCCCCCCCACAC